ACACCAUUUUACUCUGCACAAAAAUGGCACUGGCUCGUUUAGCUUUGAGAAAUUUGCAACAAAGGGUUUCCCCUUCUUCGUCUUUUUUGGGUCAUGACCUAAGGCAAAAGUGGAAUGAUGAGAUUUUGAUGAGGUUCAUGGCAACAACUACUGGUAAGGUCUCUGAUGAGAAAAAAGAAGGCCAAGAAGUAUCUGUUUCUGAAGGUGAAAAGAAGUCCAGGCUUUACCCAAGGAGGAAAAACAAGAGAAGUCUCUGGAAUUGGAGAAAUAAACAACACGACUAUGCUCCUCGCCUUUAUGAAUUCUUCCCAUCAGGCCUUGGGAAUGCACUCCUGCAAGCAACUGAAAACAUAAACAGGCUAUUCGACAACCUCAACUUGACACCUUCACAGAUGAUGGGGCGAGUAAAAGAGCAAGACGACUGCUAUAAAUUGCGGUACGAUGUGCCAGGGCUAACCAAAGAGGAUAUUAAGAUCACCAUUGAUAAUGGGGUUCUAACGAUAAAGGGAGAGCAUAAGGCAGAAGAAGGAGCGGAAGAUGAGCAGUGGUCUGCCAGGAGCUAUGGCUACUAUAACACAAGCCUUGUGUUGCCUGAUGAUGCAAAAGUUGAUGACAUUAAGGCUGAGUUGAAGGAUGGUGUUCUUUCUUUUAUCAUCCCAAGAACUGAACAGCCCAAGAAGGAUGUGAAGGAAGUUCAAAUCCAUUGAAGGGGUCAUGUUUGAACUUGAUUACUACUUUUAGGGUGUCCUUUUUUUUUUUUUUUCGCUUCAUGAUCAGUGGCUUUGUGUGAAUUGAAAUGGGAAUAAAAGGUUUGGACAAGU